AUGGGCUUUAUGUUGGGGACAAGCGCUCAAGAGAGUUCGCUUAAGGGUUCAAUUUGUAAUGCGAUUCAGUCGUAUAUCUUUCACGUGAAUAUUCCUACGUAUACACAACAUGAAACUUUCAACAAGCGACGAAAUGCUUUUAAUGGCGCUCAAGGUGUUGAUGUCAAAACAACUUUUUUUUGGGUGGUCGUUGUCCUGCCCGACUUAUCAUCCCAUUUGAACAUGAACUUAACGCAAAUUUAA